UGAGACUUUGUAUUGCAGCUUAGUGGGCAGAAGCAGAUAUAUUUCUGCUGCUGUUCCCAGCCCAGCUGCUUUCUGUUUCCACAGACUUCCAAGAGCAACAUGAAGUCCGGAGGCCUCAUACUCCUUGUGACGCUCGUCACCCUCAGCUUAGAGGUACAGGAGCUUCAGGCUGAAGUGAGACCAUCGCAACGUUUAGGGGUAGGUGCCUGUGUGGAAGAAUGCCGUGGAGACCAGGACUGUGGUGUAGGACGUCGGUGUGUCAGCAACGGAUGUGGCCAUGUCUGCCGGCCAGCCCGAGACCAAGGGGUAGGUGUCUGUGAGGUAGAAUGCCGAGGAGACCGGGACUGUGGUGUAGGACGUCGGUGUGUCAGCAACGGAUGUGGCCUUGUCUGCGAGCCAGCCCAAGACCAAGGCAUCUGUGUGGACCAAUGCCGACGAAACAAGGACUGUGGGUCCGGACAGCGGUGUAUCAGGAAGGGAUGUCGUCGAAUCUGCGCUCCAGCCCAGGGACCAGGGGUAGGUGCCUGUGUGGACCGAUGCCGAGGAGACCAGGACUGUGGUGUAGGACGUCGGUGUGUCAGCAACGGAUGCGGCCAUGUCUGUCGGCCAGCCCGAGACCGGGACCGAUCAAGACCUGGAAGUUGUCCAAGGCUGCCUCCAGGAACUGUUGGACUUUGUGCUGAAAUGUGUAGAGGAGACUGGUCUUGUCCCAGGGGAGAAAAAUGCUGCAGCAACGGUUGUGGCCACACCUGCCAAAAUGCUGUUCAAGACGAGGAAGACUUCCUUAUCCGUUUGGAUGAUAAAUGAACCAUAGCCUCCUUCAGUGACCAUUCCCAAAUGUCAUCUUUAGUCCAACACCUGGCAACAGGCUUUCCUACUGUCUUUUCCUGGCUUCUCUCUAUUCCUGGAAUCCCCUGUACCACAAAAUGAGGAUUUAAAAUAACUUUCGCUUAAGUGUUCAGUUCUGGCAUUUGUUUGAGAAAUCAUGGGGUAACUCCUCUCAAAAUUAUCCUUCUCCUGAAUAAAAUUAUUUCUCUGGCAUUA